AAGGCCGAAAUCCACAAAUUGGUGCAUUUUCAAUUUUUCAUCAACAUCAAUAAUAAUUAGGGUUUCAAAUUUUCUCCAAAUAAAAAGGGCAAAACUAUUCUUUUCCUCUCCUCCCCCAAAAGCCCUAGUCAGAGCCGCAUCUUCUUCUUAGCCUCAGAAAUGGCGAAGUCAAAGAACCACACUGCCCACAACCAAUCUUACAAGGCUCACAAGAAUGGCAUCAAGAAACCCAAGAGGCACCGCCACACUUCCACCAAAGGGAUGGAUCCCAAGUUCUUGAGGAACCAGAGGUAUGCAAGGAAGCACAACAAGAAGAGCGGUGAGUCUGCCACUGAAGAAGAGUAAAUUUUUAAUGGCAAAAGAUCUAGCUUUGAUUAGUGUUUUCUAAUUGUUGUUUUUCCCCCGAUGGAAUUGAGUGUUCGUUUACUAUAAUCACCUUAGUUGAAAUGUUAUUUUGGGAUUGUUGAAUCUCAUUUUCAAAAGAGAUUUGAAGCUGUGAGCUUAUUAAUAUUAAGAACAUGUUUUGAGCUUAA